CCUGAUUGCUCCCACCAUCUGGCAUCCAACCUACAACUUAUCACUGUAGUGUUGCCCGUGCUACCCCGAUAUUCCACACGAUCCACUCAACGCCCCCAACGAAAAUGUCGCGCCCUGGUACUACUCUCUAUGUUACCGGCUUCGGGCACGGCACUCGAGCUCGCGACUUAGCCUACGAAUUCGAACGAUAUGGUCGCCUUGUUCGUUGUGACAUCCCGGCCCCGCGUACGCCCUCUAGCAGACUGUUUGCAUUCGUCGAAUAUGAAAGCCGCCGUGACGCCGACGAUGCCUAUCACGAAAUGCACAACAAACGGAUUGGCAGAGAUGAUUUGCUGAAAAUUGAAUGGGCCCGAACUCCUCCAUCGGCCUCAUGGCGUUUCGAUUCUGGUCGUGACCGUCGCCGUGACCGUACCCCUCCUCGCCGUGGUCGUUCCCCAUCCCCGCGCCGGGGUCGCAGUGACUACUCGCCUCGUCGGGAUGAUAGGUACGAGCGAGAGUUUGAACGGCCUGAUCGCGACUACGAGCGCCGUGAUCGCGACUACGAGCGCCGUGAUCGCGACUAUGACCGCCGUGAUCGCGAGCGCGAGCGCUCUCGUGAUCGCUCUCGCAGCCCUGAUGACAGAGAACGUGAAAUCAAAGAUGAUAGGGAUCGCCGUGAUGAUGAUCGUGAAAGACGCGAAGACGAGCGCGAAAAUGGUCCAAAUGGCGAGGAUAGAAAAGCUUCCCUAGACCCUUUAACUUCCGUCCAUGAUGAGCUCGACACCGCCGAGUAGGGCGGUAAAACCCAUUCAUCGCACCAGCCUCUCCUGUGUUCUGCCGAGGAGCAGGCGACUAAAUGGAGAAAGAUGAAGGACUUUUUCCCCAUUGCUGAUACCACGCUGUUAGAUCAGCAAAUUGAAACGAACAUGAACACUGCCAGGAGAAAUUGUACACCGGUAUUUGUCCUAGACACCGAAUCACCCUUUCUUGUUUGUUGUAUACUCUCAAUGUCUUAAUCGUUACUGUCACAGUUGCUUCCGACGAAACGGGAAGUGGAGGAGAGCAAAACCAGGGCAAAAUGAUCCUUAUCAAUGGUGAAAUGAGUUAAAAUAGGGAUCAUAAACUCAGGGGUUUGGUUUGGUUUUUCGUGAUUGGGUUUAUUUAUUCAUUCUGGUCAGCAGCUCGAAUUUUUGCCGAACGAAUCUCCUUACUCCGCCAGUUUUGUCGUCAUUGCGUUCCACACGAUCUUCGGCGGCCCGUCGUCCGUUUUAAUCACAAAUUAAGUCGAUUAACAUUCCUUUGACCCGUCCCGUACGAACCGUCGAUACGAGCGAACUUCCCAUUAUUGUCUCUCGAGACCGAUUGUAACAUCAUAGUGGAACUGAAUUAGUAGUAGUAACAAUAACUUCGACGCGCGGUGGAGUGCCAGACUGAGAAGCGGAAGGCCAAACAGUGAUUAUAUAAAACCAUCAAAUUUAUGUAAAGGUAUAUGAAUUGAAGGUCGGAUGCUUACUCAAA